AUGGCCGACAAGCUGCGCACACAGCAGGAGCUCGAGCGGCUGCAGGCCAAGUACGUGGGGACGGGCCACCCGGACACGACGUCGUGGGAGUGGCGGACCAACAUCGCGCGCGACACGUACUCGAGCAUCGUCGGCCACCCACCGCACCUGGCCUACAUCGCCCUGGCCCAGAACGAGCCCGCCGCCAAGGUCCGCGCCCAGCUGAUCCGCAAGAUGGUCCAGCCGUGUGGCCCGCCACCGCCGCGCGAGGGCGAGGAGCCUGCCGAAGGAUUGCGAAGGCAGGCACUGCGCGUUGGUUACAUCAUCGGAAGACCUGGAGUGGUCGAGCUACAAGGCAAUCAUAAUGAUACAACACAACCGGAUGUGCGCGCGGUCGAGACGAUCACAUUGCACCAACAAGGCCGCGGGCCCCAGGCCCCAGGCCCCGAAUAG